AACUAUUAAAGGGACUUGUUCCCUGUUUGGCAAAAUGACAAUUUUUGUCAUAAAACUUUAGAGACGGAAAAUCUGUGCCUACAUUAAAAUUAGCAUAAUAUCAGUCUAUGUAGCACAAUAAUGUCAAACUUCGGCCAAGAGGAUGGGUUCUACAGUGGCCAGUACUAUGGGAACCAGAGCCAGAAUCCGGACAUGAGCUAUGCACAGGGAGGCUAUGGCCAAGAGCAACGUUUUGGACAGUUUGAUUACAGCCAACAGGGCUAUGGCAUUGACAGUAGUUACGCGGGCCAGCCUGGCGCCAGUCCUGCCUACAACCCCUCCAUCCUGACCCCCGACCAGUCUGCGUACUCCUCACCGCCAGUGGCAGACAAUUACGAGGAUGAACCACCUCUCAUGGAAGAGCUUGGAAUAAACUUUGACCAUAUUGUUCAAAAGACGCUGGCGGUGCUGAAUCCCAUGAAGCAGACGGGCCAUGACAUUAUGCAGGACACUGAUCUGGCCGGACCCCUAGUCUUCUGUCUGGCAUUUGGUGGCAGCCUUAUGUUGGCUGGCAAGCUGAGUUUCGGCUACAUCUACGGUAUAGGUGUGGUGGGUUGCCUGGCCAUGUACUGCCUGCUGAACCUGAUGUCGAUGACAGGUGUGUCCAGUGGCUGCAUCAUCAGUGUGCUCGGCUAUUGCCUGCUGCCCAUGGUCAUCCUGUCCUUCACCUCCAUCGUCCUCUCCCUCCAGGGAAUAUUGGGCAUCGUCCUAACCUCGGUCACAGUCCUGUGGUGUAGCAUAUCCGCGUCUAAACUGUUCGUCUCUGCAUUGGACAUGAAUCACCAGCAGCUGCUUGUGGCCUACCCCUGCUGUCUCGUCUACGGAGUGUUUGCACUUCUUACCGUCUUCUAGUCUGAGUUUUGUCUAGUUCAGAAAUUACUAACUUUUCUCUACCUUAGUGUUGUUAUAAGGGCCUAACUCCUUGAUAUUUUACUGGGCCUGUUUAAUUUUUUUUUUGGAGCACCAGUAGUGGGCAAUCUGUUGUGUGGUGGUUGGGCAGCAUCUACAGUUUAUAUCAAAUCAUAAUAAUAGAAAUAUUUAUUGACAUAAUAUCUCGGCCAUCAUGAUAACCAGUCAGCUUUCAAUAAGCAUUCAUGCAUUAUGGCCGCUGAAUUAAAAAAAAAAGCCAAAUGUACCUUGUCCUCUUAUUUACUCUGACAGGUUAGUUUGGAUCAUCUUGAAACUUGAUGGUUAUGUUUGUGGGCAUGAAAUCUCCACCAAGUUUGAUAACCAGCCCAAUUCCAGGAAGUACUAAUAAAUAAUAGUGGUUUUUCGUUUAACAUCUCAAGUAAGUUAACGUCACUUUUGCUACAAAUAGAUAAAACAGUUUCUGCUCAAUUUCGUGAGUUUUGAUGGAGGUAUUGUGCUGCAAUAUUGUGUGUAGGUUUCUUUCCUGCAGACCAAACAUGCAUAUUAAUGAUUUUAAUUAAAUUUGAUUACCAUGAUAAAGGCUGAGGACCAGGUUUCAUUUUAUGCCCAUGAUUCUAAUUUUACCCAUUAUUAUCCCCCCAUGAGCAAUGGUAAUGGGGGCUAUAAAGGAGUCACUUUGUCGGUCUGUCUGUCGGUCUGUCCCGAAAUUUCAUCCGAUCUUCACCAAACUUGGUCAGAAGUUGUAUCUAGUUUUUUGUGCCCUCAUUUCGGAAACAAAUGAAUACAUUAUUUAGUUUAAAUCUAUUUAUUUUAGCUCCAUUGCAUGGAAAGCCUAGGGAUUAUUAAAACGGUCUCAAGUCAAGUCCGUUUCCUGGGCCUAAUAACCAGUACCUAUUGUCUUUGAGGAAGAUAGAAAGAACGCUCCCACAGUGGGGAUCGAACCCAUGACCUCCUGGUUGCUAGGCGGACAAUUCGCAGAUCAAUGUCAUCCAGACCUUUAAACGGGCAUAUUUUGCGACAAGUUUGCACUCUUUUAAAAGUUUAGACAGGCCCAUUUUACAUUAAGGGGUGUUUUAAUUUGCUUUAUUGGUGUGUACUGCAUAAAAUAGUGAAUAUUUUAAAGUUGUGUUUUUUUAACCAGGUUUUCCGAAGGAAAAAACUGGUUAUUAGAUUGGCGAAUGCGGGCGGGCUGGCUGGCUGGCUGGCUGGCGGGCGGGCGGAACAAGCUUGUCCGGGCCAUAACUAUGUCGUUCAUUGUCAGAUUUUAAAAUCAUUUGGCACAUUUGUUCACCAUCAUUGGACGGUGUGUCGCGCGAAAUAAUUACGUCGAUAUCUCCAAGGUCAAGGUCACACUUUGAGUUCAAAGGUCAAAAAUGGCCAUAAAUAAGCUUGUCCUGGCCAUAACUAUGUCAUUCAUUGUGAGAUUUUAAAAUCAUUUGGCACAUUUGUUCACCAUCAUGGGACGGUGUGUCGCACGAAAGAAUCACGUCAAUAUCUCCAAUGUCAAGGUCGCCACGACUAAUAAUAGAUUUUUUUAAAAAAACAAACUUACAAAGGGGGUUAAUUUUGUUUGUUCAUUUCAAAAGUUAAGUUUGAGAUUUCUCCCUUUAUCAGAUUUUUUUUUCACAAUGAAAACCUGGUUUUGUGACAAUUUUGUCCCUUGUUUAAACAUAAUACAAGUAUUGUCUUAAAAAAAUCUUUACACAUUGUUUAACAUUAGAGUAAAAAAAUCAAUCACACCCACUUUUGUCACUUUUUAAUUGUUAGAAUAAACACAAACCUUACCAUUUAUUGUAAAAAUGUCAAAUUUGGUAUAACUGGAAAAUAUAUCAUUUAAGAGAAGAAAUCCGACCACUCCCGACACUUCAAUUUUCUGUUCAUUGUUAAGAUGUGUACAUAUGUACAGAAUAAUUAUAUAGGUGCCUGAGUGACUGAUCUAACAUGUUUAUGUACAACCUGUGAAAAAAUGUGUAUGCAUGUUGUGAAUGUUGCACCAAAUUUUUAUCUAUAUGUCAUUGUUAACUUUGUCAGUUUAUUAUGCUCCCCCAAAAUUUUUGGGGGGAGCAUAUAGUCGCCGCUUCGUCUGUCCGUGUCCGGAAUUCAAUUAAACUUUAUGGGAAGAUUCACUACCAAGAGAUGUGCAUAUUAUCAGCCGGUUCUGGUCGGAUGAUUUUUCAGAUUUAUGGCCCUUUGAAAUUUUCUAUAAACUGUACAAAUAGUGCAAUUCUUGUCCCCCCAACUACUAGACAUUUCCUUUUAACUGAAUAUAUAGUGCAAUAUUGUGACAAAAAAAAACUUAAGGGAGCAUCACCGGCAGAGCUCCAGAUAAUUUUUUCAGCCGAGGGGUAUUUCACUCAUGAAUUUUUUAAUUGAUGAGUGAAAAUCAUAAUCCGAUAAUUUUAAGGAGUAUUUAUGUUCAAAGGACCUGAAGUAAUAAUAAAUUGUACUUGUAGUGUUAACUUGCUAUUACAAGCAGUUUUGUACACAAUAAAGCAAUAACUUUUGUUUUAUUUAAUAUACUGUCAAUAAUAGGGCGUACAAUUUUUUCCGGUGUUACUAAUGACGAUGUCCACUUAAUAGAGUUCGACCAUUUAUAACUGGCUCGUCAUUAAUUUUUGUUUUAUUUACAUGACAAUAAAACACAAAACAUGCAGACGCUGCUGAACAUGUCACAAAAAGAAAAGCGCUUUCGGGACAUGGACUGCCGGUCAGGGCGGCACAGAUCGUGACGGUCAUAUGAAAAACAAGCAAGCAGCAAGUUUUCGCAUUACAUAAUGAUUCUAGUGGAUUCAUUGAUUCAUAUAUGUGUAUAACCAUUUAAAAAGUGCUUGAAGGAAAAAGGUUUUUCCAUAGUGCCACACAAGAGAUGAACUGAUAGCAAAACUUAUAUGCUUGAAGUUGGGCGAUUUGUUUUUUUUUUUCGAAUGUGAUGUCAAAUGUUUUCACCAUUAGCGUAUAUCGAUUUUCAACAAUGCAGCGGAGAGUCCGUUGUGUCAACAUCAGCCUUUAUCGUGGGCCAAAAUGAAAUGAUACCGUUCUGACUGAGGAGUAAAUUAGGUUGGGAACCUCAUUCUGUACAUAGAUGGUGAUGUCACUACGUUUUUACUGGUGUGGACACAAUGACGGGAACCAGUCAUGAUUACAUGAACUUAUAUUCAUGUAUAAACGGCUAAUACGCAUUGAAAUUGCACACGAUACGUAAUCCGAAUUUAGCCAGGAGUUUUUUUACUCAACAAAAGUUUAAGCCAUGCGUAUUUUCUUUUUUUUCAUGCGUAUUUUACGCAAAUACGCAUCUUAUCUGGACCUCUGAUCACCGGUCUCCGACGGUUUCUUGUUGAUUGAGUAUUGAGGAUGGUUUUGUCUGGUUAUUUUCACUGUGCCUUUCACUGUAAGAACAUCAGUGAAAUAGUUUAUUUUGUAUUUCUGUGUAGUGAUAACAGAUACCAUUCUGGCUGUUUCCAAAUAAUGAUUUCUUACCACUGUGAAAUGAAGAUCAUGCCCUAUAUUGUCUGUAACAAUCUGUAUUUAUCUUUCUGUGGAGUAUUGCAUUUGUUAUUAUAUUUAUUUUUUGGAAAUAAAUUUAAAACAA